CGAGCAGAGGGAGUGAGAGGCCUUCCGGUUCCUCCGGCAGAUCAGCUGACUCUGAUGCUGCUGUCAGGAGACCUGAAGAACUGUGGUGAAUGGCAACUAUGAACAUUAUCAAGCCGUAGAAACAAACACACACACAGCGACGUUUUAACUGGCGACGGCCACAUUUUAAUACACAGUUCUUUCUAGUUGCACCAGUGCUGUAAUCAUGACAGAGUUUUGGCUGAUCUCUGCACCUGGAGAGAAGACCUGCCAGCAGACAUGGGACAAAAUGAUGGCAGCCACCACACGCACCCACAACCUCUCCGCCAACCACAAGUUCAACAUACCAGACCUCAAGGUUGGGACACUAGAUGUCCUGGUUGGACUGUCGGAUGAGCUGGCCAAAUUUGACUCAUUUGUUGAAAGUGUGGUGAAGAAGGUAGCUCAGUACAUGGCCGACGUGCUGGAGGACAGUCGAGACAAAGUACAGGAGAACCUGCUGGCCAAUGGAGUUGAUCUUGUCACCUACAUCACAAGAUUUCAGUGGGACAUGGCAAAAUAUCCCAUCAAACAGUCACUUAAAAACAUCUCUGAAAUCAUCUCAAAGCAAGUAUCCCAGAUUGACAAUGACCUGAAGACAAGAGCAUCUGCUUAUAACAACCUGAAGGGAAACCUGCAGAAUUUAGAAAGGAAGAAUGCGGGGAGCCUCCUGACCAGGAGUCUGGCCGACAUUGUCAAGAAGGAAGACUUUGUGCUUGACUCAGAGUACCUUAUCACUCUGGUGGUAGUUGUUCCAAAGACGGGAUACACUGACUGGCAGAAAACAUACGAAACACUCGCCGAGAUGGUGGUGCCUCGAUCCUCAAAUCUGCUAUUUGAGGACAACGACAGCGGCCUGUUUGGUGUCACUCUGUUUAGGAAAGCUAUGGAUGACUUCAAACACAAAGCCAGAGAGAACAAGUUCACAGUGAGAGACUUUCAGUACAAUGAAGAGGAGAUGAAGGCAGACAAAGAGGAGAUGACACGGCUCUCCACCGAUAAGAAGAAGCAGUUUGGGCCACUUGUUCGAUGGCUGAAAGUGAACUUCAGUGAAGCUUUCAUCGCGUGGAUCCACAUUAAAGCACUCAGGGUCUUUGUGGAAUCUGUUUUAAGAUACGGGCUGCCGGUGAACUUUCAGGCCAUGCUGCUGCAGCCCAGCAAGAAGACCAUGAAGAAGCUGCGGGAGGUGCUCAAUGAUCUGUACAAGCAUCUGGACAGCAGCGCAGCUGCUAUCAUUGAUACUGUGAUAGACAUCCCAGGCUUGAACUUGAGCCAGCAGGAGUAUUAUCCUUACGUCUACUACAAGAUCGACUGCAACCUGUUGGACUUCAAAGUUUAACAACUUGUCCCUUCUGGUACGAGCCUCCCCCUGCACCUCCCACUGUCCUAGCUGUCCCUCUCCUCACUGUCGCCUCUCCACGUCUACUGCUUGAAUGAAAACGCUGCAUGUUCAUUCCUCAUGGUGAAAAGGCUCAUCAACGAACUCCUAUCACUUUUACAACCAAGGGACAAAAAGACUUUUAAAUAUUGUUUUGUUUACAGCAUACUUUUCUUCACAAACCAGACACAUAUUUUUUUGAUGUUAAAAUAAAUAAGAAUUGGUCUUAUUGUACAUUUACUGUCUCAUUCCACAUGUUCUGGUGCGUGUUGAUAGCUGCAUCUUCUGUAUUGGUGUUUACAUAUGUGCAGUGAUAUCAUCGUACCCAUGGCAACCAGAUCUGUGUGGUUCUGAGGUUAUGGGUUGUUCCUGCAAACAUUGUGAAACGAAAUGUUAUACGUGUGUGUGUAUGUGUGUUGUUGUGUAUAUUUGCUGUCAAACAGAGAUCUAUAUCUGAGUACUGUGUAAGACAUUGAUUGAAUAAAUAUGAUUGUUGAUUAAAUCAUAUCAAAUAUG